AUGAACAUUGGAACAUGUUCGAUUCUACGGUUCCAAUUUCCAAUCUGGAACUUCAGAAAACCCCUAAUCUCUACGCGUUUCAAUAUGCGUUUGUUAUCUGUUCGAAAUUCCUCAGCUUCAUCCAUUGCCACCACCACCACUGAACCCACAAACUCGAAGAAGAACGAACCCUGGUUGAUCGUCGGCCUCGGUAAUCCCGGUAAAAAGUACGCUGCUACACGCCACAAUGUGGGAUUUGAAAUGGUUGAUGCUAUAGCUGAAGCUGAAGGGAUAUCUAUGAGUACUGUUUCCUUCAAAGCUCUUUUUGGAAAAGGUUUUAUAGGCGAUGUACCAGUAUUACUUGCAAAACCACAGACAUUUAUGAAUGCAAGUGGUGAAUCUGUAAGUCUCAUGUCUAGAGAAUCUUCAGAUGUUGGGGCCAUAGUUUCAUAUUACAAGAUUCCAUUGAAGCAAAUCUUUGACGACAUGAUCUUCUGUUUUUCUUGCAGAAUGAAAAGUGUUAUUAAUCACUUAAAAGGGAAUUCUGGUUUUCCUUGCUUAAGAAUUUGGUAUUGGACGACCACCAGGAAAAAUGGAUCUUAUCUCAUUCGUUCUACGAUCAAUUCACUAAACAGAAAAGGGAAGAACUGA